AAUAAUAAAUAAAUUACUUUUUAUUUACUAAUUACUCAAAAAAAAUUGAAUUAAGCUAAACCAAAUUUGAGAAAGUUGUAUUAAAUAUCAACUAAAAAGUAAAUGAAUGGAGAAGGAUAGUUGAAUUUUGUCUCUGAUUUUCAAUAGCUUGAAUAAAAAGAGAGACUAGAUUUAAAUUUUGACUCCUUACUAGAUGAUCAAGAGAAGGCAGACGCGGAGUUGAAUAACAGUGUUUUCACUUUUGCAUAAUAACAUAAUAGUAUGAUUGAUGAUUAACUUUAACUUGCAUAAAACACAAAUUAGUAACCAUCUAGUUAAUAAAACUCAGCAUUUCCUUCUAAGGUCCUGUUAGAGACUAACUAAAAUUUCUAAACUUAUGAAACUUGUAAUAAUUGUAACCGCUAAUUCUUCUAGGGUCGCCUUAAUCUUCAUUAAAAAUCUUGCAAACCAUAGAAUCCAUUAAAGCCUCUAAAUAUGUUGAAAAUAAAUAAUAUUCUAUCCAACUCUAAUGAAUAAAGUGGCUUAGGUUCAAAAUAAGGUAAAAAAAAGAAAUUAGGUUAUAGAGAAGUUUUAAGUUCUAGACUAAGUGCAACACCUACAACUGCUGGAAGUGUUGAAAAAUCCGUUAAUAACUAGAAUGAUUUGAAAUUUGUGCAACCAGAUGAAUAAGUAUCUACAAACUUAACUACAAUUCCGAAGUGGAAAAUUGAGCAUUAGAGCUUACUAUUAAGUAUCAAGCCUGCUUAAAUGAAUUCUUCAGAUUUCAUAUAUUAAUAGUAUGUUUAGUGCCAAUAUUGUUUGAGGAAAUUCAAACCAUAAGUAGCUGAAUAGCAUAUACCUAAUUGCAAGAAUAUCUUUAAUCGCCCAAAACCACCUAAAAAAUAGUAAGAAAAAGAGAAUGAAGGUAAAAUGUAAAAUGAAAGAAGCUCAAAUAAGCUCAAAAUUAGAAAAGAGCUAACUGAAAAAGAAGAAGAAAUCAAAAAUAUAUCAUCUUAUGAAAAUAGUGAAAGAGUUAAUUUGAAAGAAAAACUUUUUUAAAUUAAUGACUCGUUUGAUAAAUCUAUUACACAAAUUAAAGAAAUUGAAAUAUUUUAAAUAAAUCCUCAAACUUUAAGCAAAAAUUUGCUUGAAAAGAGCUCAAAAAAUACUUCAAUUGCUACAAAAAAAAAGUUCAAACACAUUGACAGAAAACUUUCCUUUUUUAAUUCAUCUAUUAGGGAUUCACACUAUUUUGAUUUGGAAAAAAAUAAUGUUUAAAAUUAAAGUUUAAAGACAUUGAAUAAGGUAGGAAAUAUAGAACUCCACAGAAAUAAAUCAGUUUAAAAUUAAUUGUAUGACGCUUCUUUAUUUGGCUGUGAUCACUUAGAAUAAGCAGACUCUCAAAUUAAGGUAUUAAACCAAUCAUCCUCUGCUACUCAGCUUCCAUUUAUUUAAGACAAAAGAAUUUCUAACAAACUUAAUUAACUCUAAGAAAUAAGAGAAAAUUAGGGAGGUUUUAAUUAUGAGAACGUAAUAAAUAGAAGUAAAAACUAUUCACAAGUUACUUGCCCUCAUUGUGAAAGAAUAUUUUCAAAAAAUGCAGCUCCACGUCACAUACCAAUUUGUAAAACUAUCUUAAAUAAACCAGCCCGUCCUUUAAAAAAAUCUUCAUCAAGCUAGUUGUAAACUUUGAUCAAAUAAAACUCUUCUUAUGGAGACAUUUUCAAAACAAACUAUGAGUAAAAAGGAAAGAAUAAGUCAACUACCAUUUAAGAAUAAUAGUCUCUUUCGGUGUUCUAAAAUUAGUAAAUUAGUUGUUUUUGCACUUAGUGUGGAAGUUAACUUUUUUACAGCUUCAAAUAUUGUAGUAGUUGUGGCAAAAAGAGAUCUUGA